UUCACUACGCACAAUAUCCGAAGGAUCGGUCAGUGGUCAGAUAUCCUCUACUUAGGUCUACUACAAGUUGUUAUCAAUCUUGUACUAACACUUCUCUCCCCCUCAGUGGCUAUAACUUAUUCCUCAUCUGCAACAGGACUAUCCUCUAGAAUCUAGAUAUCCGACAUUGAAACAGCCUAAUUUAUCCGGAGUCACCGUCUGUGCCGCCUUAUCAUCGGCAUCGACAUACAACACAGCCGACACGAUCUUGAGGAGGAGUGAUUUCAUCACCCCCAGCGAUCGUUCAGUCUGAUAAACCCAGCGCAUGACCUUGCUCCAUGUCUACUUUGCACUACGCAAGCAGCAAUCCUUUCACCGCCUGCUCAAUGGUGGUCCUGGACAACCUCCCAUCUCCGCCAGCACCAGCAGCGGAAAAUCAUGGAAGCGCGCGGGGGUACUGAACUCAGGAAUAGCCCUCGAGAUAAAUGCUCUCGAUACCCUUGGCAGGUCGGUCCUGCAUCUGGCAUGUACCUCCACCGAGGCUUCAAGCCUGGAGUACGUUCGAAUGCUCCUCGCCCACCCAGCUAUCAACGUGAACGUACUGGACAAGGAGAGUCACUGGACGCCAUUACAUAGGGCGCUAUAUGCGGGAAACAUUUCUGCUGCGAUCCUCCUUUUGAAGCGCCUGGAUAUCGAUACGUCCAUCAAGGAUUUAGAAGGGUAUACUGCUCACGACCUCUACAACUCAACCGUGAGAUCUGCAAAGCCUACCGAGGAAGAAGAGACUUUUGCUGAGCUGUUUACCUGGGGCACGAACAGAAACGCAGCAUUGGGGCUGGGUGAUGGCAAUGAUAGGGCAUAUCCGGAUCGGGUCGUCAUUCCCCGGAAGGACGAUGUAGCACAUCAACACAACAGGUCCCUCGACGACCGUUUCGCCCCAAUUCAUGUCCGGCAAGUGUCAAUGUCCAAGCUUCAUACAGUUGUACUCACCUCUGAGCCUCGGGAUAACAUCCGUGUGUGCGGCUUUGGUGGUGGAGGACGUUUAGGUCCAAGUCAACACACACAACAUGCCCUCAUACCCCUUCCCGACAUCAAACACACCAUUGAGUCCGUUGCGCUUGGCCAAGACCACACCCUCGCACUCACUUCGGCUGGAGAAGUUCUCACCUGGGGACUCAAUCGCUUUUCUCAGCUUGGAUACGUCAUUGAGGUCUCAUCCUCCAACAAACAAGAUGAGCAUAUCCAAGCUACUCCACGGAAAGUCGGCUCCUUGAGGAGAGAAUUUGUCAAAGGUGUUGCAGCGUGCAAGACCGCUUCUGGUUGUUGGACAGAUACAGAAGUAUGGACGUGGGGCACGAACGGCGGGCAACUUGGGUACGACAAGGCAUUGGUUCCCAUCCAAGUGCUCCCUCGUAAAGUCUCCAGCAUAGUGCAGCCUGUCCGCGCAAUAGUAAUGACAGAAACCCUCAUGGCGUGUCUAUUUCUCACGGGCGAAGUCGUGUGUGUUUGGUCUGGAGGGGUUUCCAAGAUUAGUUUCCCCACCCAGAGAUUUUCUUCAGAGAUCUCUGUCUACCGACCACCGCAAGCAAUCAAGGGUCAGAACAUCACAAAGCUCAGGAGCUGUGAUGAUACCAUCGCGGCCCUCUCGUCGAAUGGGGAAGUAUUCACGUUCACUUCACAACCUAUUGGAGAAAGCGAUUCCGCAAAGAGUUCCCCUGCUCUCAAGCCCCAACGUAUAUGGGCGUUGAGACGUCAGUUCAGUGCUGUGCAGGAUGUUGACAUUGGAGUCGAUGGAACUGUUAUAGUCUGCACUCAGUCUGGACAUGUUUACGUCCGCUCGCGGAGUGCGAAAGGAGGCCAGGGCUCCGGUGCCAAAGCAUUUAAAUUCCAGCGCAUACCGUACAUACAGCGUGCUGUUGCUGUCUGCGCAAAUAGCACAGGGGCAUUUGGGGCUCUGCGCGUUGAUUUUAAACCAUCGCCCAUCCACAUCAAUGCGCAUUCAUUUUCAUGCAAUAUUACUGAGAUCCAGCCAUACCUAGGUCUUUCAUUGCGUGCAGAGGCACCAUCUGCCAUAUUAAACACGAAAACACCUCUCUUGGAUGCUGACGAAGAUGGCGAGGACGUGUCGAUCAUCGAUGAUAUCGGAGAUCUCUCGAAGUUACUUCACGUUCUAGACCAAUGCAAGAACGUGCCAGAUAUCGCCUUGCCCUAUAAUGCCGACGUGGUUGUUGUCGCUCCUGGUCCACUGCACCUCCCAGCUCACCGGCUCAUUCUCGCUGUGAGAUGUCCAGUACUGGGUAACAUUCUGCAUAGCGGACGUUCAUUAUAUGACAAAUCUUCAGGGAUUGAUGUCAGCCUCGUCUCAGGAGAUAGGGUCCGCAUUCGAAUCAAUGGAUGUCAUCCGUUCACGGUCCUGAUUCUCCUUCGAUACUUGUACUCGGACCAGCUCCUCGCUAUCUGGGACUUACGCGUCGGAAGCCCUUUCGUGUCCCAAUUUGAAACAUUCGCUGUGAAGCCUGUAGCAAUCAAGGCGGAGCUUCAAUCACUUUCACGUAUAUUGGGCCUUCAACUUCUUUUGAAAGCACUUCAAUCACCAGGGAAGCGAGUUCCCACUCCUUCACAGACAGAAGACUUCCGCCUGCUCUACGAGAGAAGCCAGUUAACUGGGCGUUUACGGAAUACUACAAAAGAAGACGCCCUUGCGCCCGACGUCGCGCUCCACCUCGCUGACCAGGUCAUCGUUUGGUGUCAUUCAGUGGUGCUACACGCCCGUUGUCAAUUCUUCGCCAGCUUCUUUGAAGACAGUACAUGGACAUCUAAGCGUCGUGAUAAGUCGGGUAUCAUCAACAUUGAUUUCAAGCACUUGGAGUGGCAGGUCAUGCAAUAUGUCGUUCGAUGGAUAUGUUAUGGAGACGAAAACUUGUUUGAAUCUCUUGACUUUGUGCAAGGGGUAGAUGACGUGCUAUCCUUCAUGUUCUCUGUUCUUUCCGCGGCGAACGAACUUCUACUCGAUCGCCUGAUGCUUCUCUGUUCACAAGUCAUUUUGAAGCAUCUCGACGUUUAUAAUGCGUGCUAUUUACUCACUGAUGCAACGCACAUCAACGCGACCCAUCUCGUUGAACGCCUGCAAAGUUACGUCACUGCAAAUCUUGAGAUGAUGCUAGAGGGUCGAAUGCUCGAGGACCUCGACCCUUCCGUCGUACGACAACUUUCUGAGUACAUCCGCAGUGCGCAGAUGACAAAGUCCCCGGUCUCUCGUUCCAACUUACUGGCGAACAAAGCGCUGCGGAAGCAUGCUGAAUGGCUUGCUCAACAGGAUAUUCCAGUCGUGUUUGAACCUGUAGACAGGCCACAGGUUCUCAAGGAUUCCUCGAAGUCGUUGACUCCGGGCCUGCUGAGAACUCGCCCGAUUUCGAGUCUGUCUGUGCAUCCGGCGGCAGAUUCGCGCAAGGGCGCUGAUGCUGAGCCGUCAGGAGACGAGCUGUUCGCGAUGGACGAAGUAUCUUCGUCGGUUAUCACUCCUGGUCAUCCGGUACCUGUGGUUACUGAACCGUCUGGAUCAGUAGCGGUAUGGAAACGGCCCACCUUUGCACCCAGGACCGAUCUCAAGGCCAUUAUGGCAGAGGCUGAGAACACCAAGAUAUCCGGUGUUGCAAACAGAGCAACACAUAGUGCUAUGGACAAACCUAGUCAAGAACAUCUGAAACAGGUAGCUACGCCACAGCGUAGGACCGUGGGCUCGUCGCUGAAGCUCGACGCAUCACCGACACCACGUCAAAUGCCCUCUGAUCUUGACUUGGGAAAGUCUUCGCUUCCUGAAUCAUCCGCCGCCGCCGCGCAGCCAAUGCAUGUGAGAACACCUCAGCGACCAGCUACUCAAGCUAUACCUUUAUCUUCAAAGACUCGGCCGAAUACACCUUCACUUGGCCCCGUCUUUUCCCCUGUUCGACAGGUGCCUCCGACAUCCAGUUCACCAGGUCCGCGACGUGUUUCGAAUACGGGUGCUGCAUGGACACUUCCGCCUGUUCAGCCAGUGGUGCAAUCGAGCGUUGCAGAAUCAUCACCGCUUUCAUUUGCUGAGAUACAACAAUUACAGCUUCUGCAGGGCAUCCCUGCACCAAAGGACAAGCGAUCGCUUGUCGAGAUUCAAGAAGAGGAGCGAGCCAUUCAACUAGAGGCAGACUUUAUGAAAUGGUGGGCGGCGGAAGAGGCGCGUACUCAGGCAGAAGCGCACGGGGCUUCUGAAACGCAAACGCAACGCGCUACUCCUAGAAGUAAGAAUCGAGGAGGGAAGAGGCCAUCUCACAGUACUCGCUCGAAGCCUGGUGAGGCACGUCCUGCUCAGGGUUCUAGCCGUCCCGAGGGGGGAAAGCAGUCCAUGACACCGGCAGCUGAGGGUGCAAUGCUGCAGUCUGGUGUAUCCAACCCGAAGAGUCGAAGGAGACGAGAGUCCGCUAGGCCGACGGUGGAUGAUUCCAUCCAUGUUCAACCGUCCAAGGGGCGAUGAACCAUGUAGCAAGCCUCCAGCCACUUAUAGCGAUAGUAUGGACUACACCGAAGCGAUACCCAAUAACCUGACUUAGAAGAUACGUAAUAGAUGCAUGCGAAUGCCAGGAACUUUGUCCAUUGCAGCUACA